AUGUCUGUCAGUCUGUCCGAACUUGUGCACUACUGCACGUUGAAGGUUCGAGAAGAGGAGAUUCGUGAGCAGCAGCUGCGAGACUUGGCCGUGAAGGCUUGGAAGCUGCCUUUUGUUGCCGUAGUCCAGCCGGCCAAGGAUGGUGAGGACAACAAGGAGGCCCACGAAAGGCGACAGCGCAUGCAGGUGCUGAAGGACCGGCAGAAGAUGAUUGCAAGAGACCAGCGCAUGGAGCUACGCAAGAAGCGGCGACGACGCGAGGAGGACCGGGAUAUCUCCGAGCGGAUCGCACUGGGACAGGCCGGUCAGCCUUCGCGCUCAGAAAUGAUGUUUGACCAGCGACUCUUCAAUCAGUCGGCCGGAAUCGACAGCGGAUUUUUCGGCGGCAGCGACGAAAAAGUCGCCGUUUACGACAAGCCCCUGUUCGCGGAUCGAAGUCAGGCUUCCAUCUACAAGUUUCACAAGGACCUUACAAGCUCCAGCGCUCGGCGCUUUGCGCCCGUGGAGUUUGAGUGUGAGGAUGAAGAGGGAUCGUGUUGA